CUCAGACAUACAGAGCCACACCACCACCACCGCUACAACCUGGGGACACCACGUCUACUGUGCGCUGUGCUCAGCCGGGGAUGUGACAUGACUUGUCCGAGUAAGGGCUUUGUUGUCCAAUUCAUUAGAGAGAUUCCUGAGUCCACUGGCCACGCUGGAGCCCUCUCAUUUCUGGCUGCUGAAUAGAAUGGCCGCUGAUGACCGGCACCUACCCUCCAGUUGUGGGUCCUACAUCAAGACGGAGCCAUCCAGUCCCUCCUCAGUCAUCGACACGGUCAGCCACCACAGCCCAAGCGGCAAUUCAGACGCCAGUGGUGGCUAUGUCAGCACCAUGAACAGCCACUCCAACGGCCUGGACUCUCCACCUAUGUUCACCCCCAGCGGGCUCGGGGCCGCCACCUGCCGCAAACGCUAUGACGACUGCUCCAGCACCAUCAUGGAGGACUCGUCCAUAAAGUGCGAAUACAUGUUGAACUCCCUCCCCAAGAGGCUCUGCUUGGUCUGUGGAGAUAUAGCCUCGGGAUAUCACUAUGGGGUGGCCUCUUGUGAGGCCUGCAAAGCCUUUUUUAAAAGGACAAUACAAGGUAACAUAGAAUACAGCUGUCCUGCCACAAAUGAGUGUGAGAUCACAAAACGGCGACGCAAAUCAUGUCAGGCUUGUCGCUUCAUGAAAUGCCUCAAAGUGGGGAUGCUCAAAGAAGGUAAGAAGAGGGUUCGUCUGGAUCGCGUGCGAGGGGGCAGACAGAAGUACAAACGGAGGUUGGACUCAGAAAACAACCCGUACCUGGGCUUGACUCUCCCCCCUCCCACCAAAAAGCCUCUCACAAAGAUAGUGUCUCACCUGUUGGUGGCGGAGCCAGAGAAGAUCUAUGCCAUGCCAGACCCCACCAUGCCAGAGAGCGACAUUAAGGCUCUGACCACGCUGUGUGACCUGGCUGACCGCGAGCUAGUGGUCAUCAUUGGCUGGGCCAAGCACAUCCCAGGCUUUUCUUCUCUCUCUCUGGGAGACCAGAUGAGUUUGCUGCAGAGCGCCUGGAUGGAGAUCCUCAUCCUCAGCAUUGUGUUCCGCUCGCUGCCGUAUGAGGACGAGCUGGUGUACGCCGAGGACUACAUCAUGGACGAGGAGCACUCGCGGCUGACGGGCCUGCUCGACCUCUACGUCUCCAUCCUGCAGCUGGUCCGCAAAUGCAAGAAGCUCAAAGUGGAGAAGGAGGAGUUUGUCACCCUCAAGGCCAUCGCUCUCGCCAACUCAGACUCCAUGCACAUAGAGGACAUGGAGGCGGUCCAAAAGCUUCAGGACGCUCUCCACGAGGCCCUGCAGGACUUCGAAAGCAGCCAGCACCAGGAGGACCCACGGCGGGCGGGCAAGCUGCUCAUGACCCUGCCCUUGCUGCGGCAGACGGCCACUAAGGCUGUGCAGCACUUUUACAGCAUCAAGGUGCAGGGCAAGGUGCCCAUGCACAAACUCUUCCUGGAGAUGCUGGAGGCCAAGGUCUGAUCGGACGGUGGCUGAUUGGCCAUAGCAACGGCGGAGGGCUGCAUUAGCGUUACAGAAAGUGACUUGAACAAAGGCUGAGGGUACUCAGGAGAGGCAGACCCCCUACUGACUGUGCUAGGCAGGACAGAGACUGGCCUCCCUCACUCCUCCUGGAAUCCUGGGACACUAAAUAAAAAAGAACAAAUGCAAAACUUGGUUAUUAGUAUAAAUAUAAAAAUGAUGCAGAUUAAUUUAAAAUAUAUAAGAAAUACUAUGUACAGUAAUAAUUUUUUUGGUUUUUGUUAAUUGUGAGUGGUCAUACUGUAUAUGAAGGACGCUUCUGCCCCUCAGCAUCUUCAGAAUAAGUAGUUGCCAGUUCUUGAUAACAAGAUAAAGAGGUUUCUUUUUACAUAAAACUAAAAGUUCCUUAAAAUUGUUCUGAAGACAGCAGAGGUGUCAACAACCAUAAACAGACUCAUUUGUCUCACAGUUGUGUUUUUGCCUGGACUUGACCAGGACAUGUAUAUAUUUAUUAUUGGAAGACUGAGUGUACAGUUCAAAGUCUGGUGACCUUGGUGGCCAUUUUCUCUUAUUCUCCUCUUGGAAAAAAAAAGUGAACUAAAAUUGUUACCUAAAUGUGAACUCUUAUCAGUUUAAAUGUACUUGGAUAUACCUCUCCAGAGCAGUAAGCCGUGUGAUCUUUGUGGAUCUGUCUCAGACUGGAAGACUUGCUGGUCCCAUGUUUAACCAAACUAGCAUAGGCAGGUGCAAUUAGUCAGUCGUCUUAUUCUGUAGUAACUCAGCAAUAAAGGGAGCUAUGGGGAAGCCAGGCUUAAACCUCC